AUGACUAGACUUGACAAGAUAUACAUGCUUUUAGAAAUUGAGUACGGGUCAGAGAAUUUGAGUCAUCAUAUUCAGAUCUUCGAUAAUCUUAAGAUGUUCGUGAAUGACAACAGAAUUUUAAACAAAAGUGAUUCUAUUUGGUGGCGUGGCUUAAUCUUGAUAAACGACUGUGAAGGAACGAGAGACCUCUCUGCCUCAGACCUGUUCUCGUGUAGAGUCAAGAAAGGGGACAGAUUAUCCUUCUGGUUCUGUAGAUGGUGCGGGGAGCAGGCUUUAUCGGAGACAUACCCUGAGUUGUAUACAAGAGCAACAACCCCUUUUAUGUAUGUUGCUGAUGCAGGGCAUUGGGAGAAUGAUGAAUGGAUAUGGAACUCGCAGAAUUGGUUCAGCAUCAUCGACGAAGACGAUCAGUAUCUGUUUUUGGAACUGUUAGAUCUUAUUUCUAGCAUCCAAUUGGUGCAGGGUGAGAGAUAUACUAUCUUAUGGGCCGCCAACGAAAGUGAGGGGUUCUCGGUUAAUUCGUGCGCAAAAGCUGUUAGAAGUAGAAUGGAAACUGUUAAUGGUGAAGAGGUUAUCUCAAACAAGUUGAAGUUCCUAUGGCAUAUUGAGGCUCCCUCGAAGGUUCAGAUUUUUGUUUGGAGAAUUGUGUUGGACAGAAAUCCGACGAGACAGCAGCAGAAGAAGAGAGGGAUCUUGACUGCGGCCUCGGAUUGUUGCUGUGUUUUCUGUGUUAACACUGAGGAGGACUCUCACCAUUUGUUUGUCUCUUGCCCAAUCCUUGAGAAAAUUUGGGAGAAAGUAGGUUCUUGGAUAGGCAACUCCAUAUCGUUGACAAACCUUGGGUUAAGAAAUUAUCUUGCUUUCUAUGGCAGAAUUAACGUUUUAGACGAAAGAUUAACUGUUGGUGUUAUUUGGAUGUCGGUGGUGUGGAAUAUUUGGAUUAUGAGGAACGCUAUUAUUUUCAGAGGUCGCAUUUUUAGCUUCGACGAGUGUGUUUCUGCUAUAGUGUUAUCCUCUUGGAAAUGGUUUAGAGCAGUUAAUGUUUCAUCUGUGUCCUGGCCACCACCAAUAAAAGGAUUUGCAAGGUUGGAGAUCCAAGUUAGACACACAAAGAUAAACACCGUUGAUGGCUUGGUCUCGGGUGUUGUGGUUGCACUUCUGCGUUUUAAGUUUUAUCUGAUGCACGUGGUUAUUGUGGUUAUUGUUUUGUUAAGCUCACAAUUACAGACCAUGGAAAAGGGUUCGGUUACGGGAAUUGAAUUAGCAAGCACGUAA